CUCUCCGUGAAAACCAAGAUGAUGUCCGGAUGCUACUCAGCUUCGGUGCAGAUCCUAACACAAUAGCCAACGACAGUCUGAGCCCAUUUUCAUAUAAAUCAGAGGGAAAGCACACAUACUGUGCCAGACUUCUGCUUGGAGCAGGUGCAAGCAUGAAACUCGCCGAGUCAUACGCCAUCUGUAGAGACAGUUCCCCCUACCUCGCAGCACGCUUCGCGACAGACACGGUGCUUCUGCAAUUGCUAUUGGACAGCUGUACCAGAGAUCCAGCCAUCUCAGCCGCCAGCGCGCGUUCAGCGACACUGACGAUAGCCGUACAUUACAACCGCCAUGAGGUCCUCAGAACGCCAAUUCAAUGUCCAUCGAUCGAUGGGUGCGUCAGGGUUCUUAUGGACGCUUAGGAACAUACCUAGUUGCUUGAUGUCGUCGGCCAUUAUACCGACCGACUGGCAAUGUGAACCAUAGAGACCUUGCUUCUGGACUCCCCGUCGCUUGGUUUCGUGCCCACUCAGG